GCUGUCGCGGUGACAGCAGCAGGAAGACGUGCUGUCUGCCCAGCACCCGUGGGCGGUUCAGACCUGCUCCGCGGAGGACGCGGCGGCCAGGUGGAUGCUUCUCUCCCUGGUCCCAGCCAAAGCUUGGCUCCAAGUGACCUGGGCCAUUUCCAGCACACCAGACAUCUCCUCGAAGGAUGAAAAUCUGCCUUUACCAAGGUUAAUCAGCCUUGGGCACCCAGUAAGAAUCUGAAGAAUGAGCCAGCUGGGGCAGGUGGAGGUCCGAGCCCACAGCUCUCGGCCGUGACUGCACAGAGGGCCAGCAGGCGUUUGGAUGUCGGAAGGGCCUUCGCAGCGUGGCCAUGUCCGAAGGGGAGAGCAAGGACAGCUCCGGCAGCGAGUGCCCCGUGUGCUACGAGAAGUUCCGCGACCUGGAGGGCGCCAGCCGCACGCUGAGCUGCGGCCACGUGUUCUGCCACGACUGCCUGGUCAAGUACCUGCUCUCCACGCGCGUGGACGGCCAAGUGCAGAGAACCAUCGUCUGCCCGAUCUGUCGCUAUGUCACCUUCCUCAGCAAGAAGAGCUCCCGCUGGCCCUCCAUGCUGGACCGCAGCUCGCAGACCCUGGCCGUGCCCGUGGGCCCGCCCGACACCCUGGGCCACACGAACCCUCUGGCCGCCGCCCAGCAGGUGUGGAGGCCGGCCCCAAGCCAGGGCGCCCCGCUGCCCUUGGACCUGCCACCGGGCCUGGCCCGGGAGCCGCAGAUCUUCGUCAUCAGCCGUCAUGGGAUGCCCCUGGGGGAGCAGGACAGCGUACUGCCACGGCGCAGCCUGGCUGAGCUGUCCGAGGCCUCCCCAGCCCCCAGCUCCGGCCGGGCCUUCUGCUGCCGCUCGCGGGCCCUGCUGCUCAUCACGCUUGUCGCCGUGGUGGCCGUGGUGGCCGCCAUCCUGCCCUGGGUGCUGUUGGUAAGGAAGCAGGCCUGAGCGCCGCCCUGGGCUGAACUGGGGUACGGGGCGGCGCCUGGGAGGGGUGAGGCCCCUGGGGACGGGCGGCCUGGACGGCGUCCUCACCCUCCACUCCACAUGCCGGCUCCCGUCAGGUCAGGGAGGCUGGGGUUUGACGAUCCCUGCGGUGGAGCUGAGCUCGGGGCCCAAACGCCAACUCUACGCUCCAGACCAGGGUAGAAAAUGGGGUGCCCCCCCCAGAAGCAACAGCUGUGCCCCUGCCCUAGAGGGGCUGGUAUCUUCUACAGAUACUCUCCCUUCCUCCAGGCAGGAACUGAGCAAGGUGGGAAGCUGGGUGGUCCCCUCCUUCCUGUGGGGUCGCCAGCCCCAAGGCGCCGUCCCUAUCUCCUGGGUGACCUGCCUGAAGCCAAGUGGGGCUCUGUUGUGGCUGGAGGGGGGCCCAACAGCAGGACUCAUCCAGGUCAGAAUUCCCACCCAGGCCUCUCUAGCUGCCUCUCCAGAACCAAUAAAAGGGGCGGCUCAGGGGCCAAAAGCCCCUUGCCCGUGAUCUCAGCAACCAUCCACGACCCUCACCGUUGGGCCAGCAUAUGUCUUCCCACCCCAAGUUACCAGCCUGGAAGGUCUUCACUGGGGGAGAAGCUGAUCUCAGAGGCUGUGGUCCAGGAUCUCUGAGGGACGUAAUGGAAAAGGGUCAUCCUGGGGAACAGGGGGCUGAGGCUAGCAAAGUGGCCCACAGAGCCAGAGGUCUCCCCCAGCCUCAAGGAAUGGUUGAGAAUUUGAGUCCUGGGUUCUCAAGGAUGCACCAGCAGUCAGGGCAUCAGUGGGGAGCCUGAUGGCCGAGACUUGAGUCAGUGGAGAACUAUGUGGGCACAAUUAAGCCCUGGGGGCUCCCACUUCCCUCCCAGCCCAGGUCCUCCUCCUUCUCAUGACCCAACCACUCAUUAGAGGUCACACCAGUUGGGCCAGUUUCCCUGGGGCGGAUUCCCAGCUGGGCUGGGCGAGGAGGGUGGGGAGGGAAACAGCUGCACUUGUCAGGGACGCCACUGUCACCACACAGGCUGAACCCCAGGUCCUGCCGACCCCGCCCUGGACGGUGCUGGGGCUAGGCGAGGAGGGCCACUCGAAGAGCCUCGGAUCGGGUCUGACCUGGGGGGGGCGAGUCACUUGCCAACAGCUGUUUUCUGUUCGCAAAGGCCCAUAAUCUUUAUUUGGGGAUUAAAAAAACAACUAAAACGUCCAACUCCUCUCUCAGCUAGGUGGUUUCUCACCACCUCCCCGGGGGGGGGGGGGCUUGCCUCUUAGCUGUUUCCCAAACCCCCAUAGUGGUGCGCAUUUGGGGACCCCUGGGGGAGGGGAUAUUUGGGACCCAGAGAGGGCUGAUUUAAAACACUUAACUUCUGGACUUCUUUAUGCUCUUUUCAAGACCAGAGAAGACCAUCGGUGCUAUUGGGGGGGGGGGGUGAAUACAGGUGGAUUCGUGGAAAACAUAUUUAUUACAGGACUAAAAUGUUACACUUACAAAGGACUAAAAAUGUUACACUUACAAAGACUCGAAUGAGUCCUGCAGCGUUUCCAUAUUGUCGGGUGGUGAACUGUAGAUGGUACUUCUUUUAUUUUCAAAGGAUGCCAAGCAGCUAUUUUUUAA